ACGCCAAAAUGCCAUACUUGUUCGUUUGGAUAUUACCCAAAAAUUGAGAAUAAUAAAAUUUGUGUUGGAUGUGACGGAACAUGUGACAAUAAAUGUAAUACCCAAAAUGGGUAUUGUUAUGGAUGUCUUGAAAAUUAUGUCUUUAAUUUAACUGAUACAUUUUCAUGCCAGAAGUGUGAAGACUUUGACAGUAAUUGUAAGAAUUGCAGUAGUAAUUAUACACAAACAUGUGUGGAGUGUAAAGAAGGCUUUUAUCCAUUGGAUGGAAUUUGUGUGUUGUGUAGUACAAUUAAAAAUUGUCGAUAUUGUUCAACAGUCGAAAAGAAGUGCUUGCAAUGUAAUGACCCUUUCAUUAUUAACUCACAAAAUGAGUGCCAAAGUUGUGAAAGUUACACAUUCAAGAAAAAUGAAACGCAUUGUGACUAUUGUUUUUUAAACAAAAUGAAUUGUGAAUUGUGUGAUACUCUUGAAGUCAACAAAACGACAUGUAAAAAGUGUUAUUCUCCAUUUGUUGUUGAUGUAUAUGGAAAUUGUGUGUUGUGUGACGACAACAAAUUUUACAAGAAUGAGACAUGUUUGUUCAAUGAAAAUUGUCAAAAAGGUAUCAAUGAGACAUUUUGUCUCAAAUGUGAUGUAAAUUUCUUUUUGUCACAAAAUAAAUGUUUUUCUUCAAAUGGAUGCAAAGACUUGUCGUUGUUUUCAUGUAACUGUGAAAACGUUUAUGCUGUGAAUUCUGAAUGCUCGCAACUCACCAAUUGCAAGUAUUUGUAUUCUUCUCAAAACAUUGAUUACUGUUUGAGCUGUGAAGACAAUUUUGCUUUGAUUGAUACGGAAUGUACAGAACCAAUUGCACAUUCAAAAAUUAUGAAAAACAAUUAUUUAUAUUUAUGUGAAAAUUAUUAUUAUUCAAAAGAUAAUAAAUGUUUGAGUUGUGACAAUGAACAGAAAAUGUGUUUGUAUACAUCUGUGGAUGAUACCAAAACUAAAGCGUUGAUGUGUGAUGACACAAGGGUUAUCAAUUACACUAGUGAGUUGUGUUUUUUGGAUAAUAAUUGUAAAAAUUACGAAUCAAAUCAAUGCACCAAAUGUAAAAUUGACAAUUAUUAUAUUUCGAAUGGAACGUGCGCGGAAAGUGGAAUAGAAAAUUGUAUAACUUCGAUUAAUGGAAAAUGUUAUGUGUGUAAUACAAAUUAUUUAAAGGAUAGCAAUGAUGGGUGUUCGAGCAUUACAGACUUGUUUUGUUGUAAGUCGAACUCAUACAGUUGUAUCACAUGUUUUGAAAAUUAUACCAAAACAACCCUAAACCCAUCUUGUGAAAAAAUAAACGAAACUUUAAAUUGUAAAGUACUUAUAAAUGGAGUCUGUAAAGAAUGUGUUGGUGGGUUUUACUUGUACAAUUCCGAAUGUUUUACUUUCAACAAUUCGGAAGUUUUUGAUUUGACACAUGAUGAGAACAAUAUUAAAAUUGAAAACGAAAGUCAACAAUAUGGCAUUGAUUGUAUAAUUCACACUCAAAAGGGGUGUAUAAAAUGUUCACCAAAAACAUAUCUCAAUCGAAUUAAUUCGACACAUACAAUGUGUAAAAAGUGUUCCAACAACUGUGAACAAUGUUAUAAUGAAACAUUUUGCUUGUCAUGUUCUUCCAACUACUAUUUGGACUCUUCAAACAAGUGCUCUUUGAUGGGAGAUCUACAGCUUCGAUGUAGACAAAUGAUGUUGGGUUUUGUGGGGUGUGCCAUUUGUAAUGACUUGUAUUACAAAGUCGGUACAGACUGCCUUCGUUGUGAUUCUUCGUGUUCAACAUGUUUAAAUCCGAACGAGUGUACUUCUUGCAUUGAUGGUUUUUAUAUUAUUAAAGGCGAGUCAUACACAUGUCAAAAUUAUUCCACGUUAGAGAACUGCCAGACUAAAACGCCGGGUGGGUGUAUUUUAUGUAAUGAAGGGUUUUACCUACAAAAUUGGAAGUGUCAUUUUUGUUCCACGAAUUGUACACAAUGCGACAGUAUCGACUUGUGUAAUUCAUGUGAAAAUGGAUAUAUUUUGAUGAAUGGAAUAUGUGUCCACUACACAUCAAUACAAUCGUGUCUCUCUGCACAAAAUGAUAAAUGCACAAAAUGUGAUGGUCUUUGGAAGAAACCGGACAAUGACGGCAAAUCAUGUGUCUUUGCAGUGAAUUAUGGUAUCAUCAUUGGAUGCCCUCUUGCUUUUCUUUUUGUUGUUUUUGUCUUGUUGAUCCUCUUGUUUUUCAUUGUUUUUGAAAUCCAACGCAAACGCAAAGAAAAAAAUGACGCAAAAAACAUCUGUGUCUUUGAAAUUGAUAAAUCGAAUGUCACAAUGGACAACCGCGUCUGUGAAAACAUUUUUAUGAACAAAAAGGAAUUGAAGUUUGACAACGACUUGGAGAAUGACAACCAAAGCGAACUUCCUGUUGGAGUUGAAAGUCGGGAUUUGAUUUGUGUUGGCAAUUUUGGUAAACAAAUGGUUAAGCUUCAAUUUUCCACAACAAGUGAUUGUGACCAAUACAGCAUUCGAACAAACCCACAAAUGAUUAUUUUAAAAUCGGGAUUUGCGUGUGAAUUUGAAAUAUUUAUAACACCAAAUUGCACGUGCAAUUUACAUGAACACGUCGUUUUAAUAGUUUUGGAUAUUAUGAAAAACAAACAGAAGAAUAGUGAUGUACCUGUCGAUGUUGUAACAAAACUAACAACCAAACUUGAUUAUAGAGAAAUUAUAACAGAACGGAUACUUGGUGAAGGAUCAUUUGGUGUUGUAUAUAAAGGAAAGUAUAGAGGAGACACUGUUGCUAUUAAAAAGAUGAAACAAACAGCGAAACAAAAUAGUCAAAUCAAAGAAUUUGAAGAAGAAGUGGAGAUGCUGGGGAAAUUCAGAAGUGAGUAUAUCGUCCAUUUCUAUGGCGCCGUGUUUAUACCUGACAAGAUCUGUAUGGUCACCGAAUUCGCUUCAUUUGGAAGUUUACAAAAUUUGAUGGAAAUUAAAAACAAAGAGGAAAUAAAUAUUAAAAUAAAAAUCAAAUUUAUGAGUGACGCAGUCCGUGGAAUUAAGUAUUUACAUGAUAAUGGGAUUUUACAUAGAGAUAUCAAACCAGAUAAUUUGCUCGUUUUUUCGUUGGAAGACAAUCAAAAAGUGAACGCUAAAUUGACUGACUUUGGGUCGAGUAGAAACAUCAAUAUGUUGAUGACUAAUAUGACAUUUACCAAAGGCGUUGGGACACCGAAAUAUAUGGCACCUGAAAUUUUAGAUAAGAAGAAGUACACGACAUAUGCAGACAUUUAUUCUUUUUCUAUUAUGUUGUAUGAAACAGUCACAUGGGAAGAGAUGUACCCCAAAGACGUAUUUAAAUAUCCAUGGGACAUAGCCGCAUUUGUAACAAAUGGUAAGAGAAAGGAAAUCAAAAAAGAUGUUCCAAUCGAAAUUGGUGAAGUCAUUGAAAAGACUUGGAAUCAAAACUCGAGUGAACGAAUCAGUCUUGAAGAGGUUGGUACAAAACUCGAUCAAUUUGUGAAUAAAUCGUAG